AUGCGAGUGCUUUGGUAUUCCCAACAAUAUGGAAAGAUUCGAGUGAGCCGAAAUAUAAUUCCACCAACGGAUGCCUAUUUCAGUCAACAGUGGUACUUGAGUGAGGCCUACAAUCAGAAUGUUUUGGCUGCCUGGGCUCAGGGCUACACAGGUAAAGGUGUGGUGGUGUCUAUAUUAGAUGAUGGCCUGGAGACAAGCCACCCAGACAUUGCUGGAAAUUAUGAUCCGCAGGCUAGUUAUGAUAUGAAUGAUAAUGACCCAUAUCCAGACACUCACUACUCCAAGACCAAGACAAAAAGUCAUGGAACACAGUGCGCAGGAGUUGUGGCUGCUAUGGCAAAUAACAGUGUCUGUGGAGUUGGAGUGGCCUACCAAGCAAAAAUAGGAGCUGUCAGGAUGCUGGAUGGAUUGGUCACUGACUUGAUAGAGACCAGGUCAUUAAACUGGAACCAGCAACACAUUGACAUCUACAGCUCCAGCUGGGGCCCUGAUGACCGGGGCCAGAAUGUGGAAGGGCCAAGUCCGUUGACGCAAGAAGCUUUUAUUAGAGGCAUAAGCCAAGGCCGUGGGGGCUUGGGUUCCAUCUAUGUCUGGGCCUCAGGCAACGGGGGAAGCAACUUUGACAACUGUAAUUGUGACGGCUACGCCAAUAGCAUGUACACAAUAUCAGUUGGUAGCACUACAGAGAGAGGCACCGUGCCAUUCUACAGCGAACCCUGCUCCGCCAUCCUAACGACCACCUACAGCGGCGGCAGCUUUCACCACCGCAGAAUCGUCACCACAAACCUGCACCAUACCUGUACCUCUGACCUCACCGGGACCUCUGCCUCCGCUGCUCUGGCGUCUGGGAUCAUUGCUCUGGCUUUGGAAGCGAACCCCACUCUGACCUGGCGCGAUGUUCAGCACCUGGUAGUGAGAGCUUCUCGACCAGCAGAGCUUAAAACAAGUGACUGGAAGACCAAUGGAGCUGGUAGAGUUGUCAGCCACUACUAUGGAUUUGGGCUGCUUGAUGCAGGCAAGAUGGUCAACUUGGCCAGGAAAUGGAGAGCAGUCCAGCCUCAGAGGAAGUGUAUUGUUGAUGUCAUUACCACACCUCAUGAGCUGCGCAAGGAGCUGACAUGGAAGUGGAACGAGACAGCUUGUCACGGUACCAAGAACUGGAUUCAGUCUUUAGAGCACCUGCAGGCCCGACUGACCCUGACCUCAGCCAGACGUGGUGACCUCUCCAUAACCCUUACCAGCCCUAUGGGAACUACCUCCAACCUCCUCACUAUCAGGCCUUAUGACAGCUCCUGUGCAGGAUUCUCUGACUGGGCAUUUACCAGCACACACUGCUGGGAUGAGAAUCCAUCAGGACACUGGAUACUGCAGAUAAAAAACAAUGGAGAUUUAUUUGACCAAGGACGCUUGUUGAAAUUCCAACUGGAGUUGUAUGGGUCAGCUGGGCGCAUGGCAGGACUUCGCAUGCAGAGGACCAUGGUCCAGGAGUGUGCAGUGAGAGACACUGAUGGCAGCUGUGCAGUGUGUGUUCAUCCACUGAUUGCGUUUGAGAGUGUUUGCCUGGUCGCCUGCCCACCUCAUUACUAUGAGUCAGACGGAAAUGGCACCCACAGGUGCUUACCCUGCCACAGAAGCUGCCACACCUGCUUCAGCAAGUGGAACACAGACUGCCUGGAAUGCCCUCCAUACUCUACCUUCGAUCCCCGCCUUGGUAUCUGUAACCCCCCUGUCUACCCUUGGAGCCAACGGCGUAAAAUGACCGUCAGCAUGGACCGGACUGCGGCCGUGCUUGGCAUCCUCAUUGGUGGGCCGGUGGUGGUCCUGACCGUUAUGUUGAUCAUAACAUCGGUGGUGAACAGAGUCUUCUUAUUUGGUGAUGCUUCAAGAAAUCGGGCAAGCAGGACCAGCAAUGAAGAGGAGGCAAGGAGAGGGGUGGAGAUGGUAGUGCUGAGUGUGUCCGAAGAGCAGACAGGAAGCAGUCGAUUCCCCUCACCCACCUGCAUUGCAACUAUAUGA